GGGCACUGUUGUGCCCAGCGCUUCAGCAACGCGCUUCUUCGCAGCCUUCUGCCAAUGACAGCAGAGAACCGGGAAAGGGAGGACGAAUGUGCUGUUGUUGUUUUGAGCUAAAACGGAUUGCAUGAGUGCAAUGCAACAGCAGAGGAAUGUUACAGUCUGUUUGUCACCACUGACUUCUGCAUUGUGAGACUGACAGUAGUGUGACUGUAAAGGUCAGCGUGAGUGGCCGUCAUGUCCGCAGCCUGUCCCCCGCAGUCUCCAGCUGUGGCUAAGACUGAAGUGCUGGUUGAGGACUGGUGUCCCAUGUUGGCUGCGACCUUCGCUUACUGGGACAACAUCCUGGGACCUCGUGUACGCCACAUCUGGGCCCCAAAAGGUCAGGGGUUGUCGCUGCUCAGUGAUGGAGAGGUCACAUUUCUGGCCAAUCACACGCUGAACGGUGAGAUUUUGCGAAAUGCUGAGAGCGGCGCAGUGGAUGUGAAAUUCUUCGUCUUGGCGGAAAAGGGAGUCAUCAUCGUCUCACUGAUUUUUGAUGGAGAACUCAAGGGUGAUAAGAAUACUUGCGCUCUGUCAAUCAUCUUGCCACAGUCAGAGCUCGGUUUCUACCUGCCACUGCACAGCGUGUGUGUGGAGAGACUCAAACACAUUAUCCGCAAGGGACGCAUCUGCAUGCAGAAGGGUUACAACAUAAUCUCUAUGUUGUCAUCUGAGAUUGUUCCCAUAAUGGAGCUUCUCACUUCCAUGAAGAAACACAGUGUACCAGAGGAGGUGGAUCUAAAGGACACUGUGCUCAACGAUGAUGAUAUUGGAGACAGCUGUCAUGAAGACUUUUUGCACAAGGCUAUCAGCUCUCAUCUUCAGACUUGUGGCUGCUCCAUGGUGGUUGGCAGCAAUCCUGAGAAAGUCAAUAAGAUUGUGCUCACGCUGUGUCUCUUCCUCACUCCUGCGGAGAGAAAGUGCUCUCGACUCUGUCACCCCGAUGGCUCGUUUAAAUAUGACACCGGUCUCUUUGUUCAGGGCCUUCUUAAGGACUCCACUGGCAGCUUUGUAUUACCCUACCGGCAGGUUCUGUACUCCCCGUAUCCCACCACCCACAUCGACGUGGACAUUAACACGGUGAAGCAGAUGCCACCCUGCCACGAGCACACGUAUCAUCAGCGGCGCUACAUGCGCUCUGAGCUCAGUGCCCUUUGGAGGGCUGCCAGCGAGGAUGACAUCAGUUCAGACAACCUCAUCAAUGCCCAGGACUCCUACACCCCAGACUUGAAUAUAUUUCAGGACGUGAUGCACAAAGACAUGCUUGUGAAGUCCUUCAUAGAUGAGGUGUUUCUGUUGAAACCAGGUCUGUCUCUGCGGAGUGUGUAUUUGUCCCACUUCCUUCUCCUGCUGCACAGGAAGGCCCUGACACUGCUCCGAUAUAUUGAGGAUGAGACGCAGAAGGGGAAGAAACCUUUCAGAUCUCUGCGCAAUCUGAAGACUGAUUUAGACUUAACGUUGGAAGGGGACUUGAAUAUCAUCAUGGCGAUGGCGGAGAAGCUGCGGGCAGGCCUUCACUCCUUCGUUUUUGGGAAGUCUUUCGUUACCAGCAUGCAGGAGCGUGACCUCCUCAUGAGCUUCUGACCUCUGAACCCUGUGCUCAUCACACCACAGGACAAUUUGGGCUCUCUUGCAUUUUUAGGUUAAUUUAAAAUAUGUUUAUAUGUGCUUUUGGUUGACAGCAUUCUGAACAAUAUCUGCUGCUGAAAUGUCAAUUAGUGCAAUUUCGCUUUGAAGUACCGUAAUUAAAAUCUGUUUAGUGAUGCUGGUAAAUUCAUAUUUGUGUGAAAAAACUUCUUGAUGGUCCUAUGAGACACUUCUGUGACAUGUACAAAUGCUAACAUAACACAUAAAUUGGCGAGGUGUAACAUGGCAAGGAACAAAGUUGAAGUAAUUUAAUGACUUUCAUCUUCAAAUUAAAUACAUUUAAACUUUGCUUUAAUUAAAGUAACCUUUGCUCUGUAAUAACAUUCCCUGGCCUUUUAUCUAUGAUUGUCUGUAGACUUUACAGAAUUCAGAUGACAUAUCUGUUAUUUCGCAGAACCGCAUUUGUGGCUGGGAUACUUUUCUUUGUUCCUUAACUUGAAUUUAAAAAAAACUAAACUUAUGGUUAAUUAAAUGGCUCAUACUUUUGCAUUUGGUUUGGGGCAUUAAUAUAGGAAGCCUGGUGGGAAAAGCAAAGAGCAACUUGACUCACUAUAUCUAAAUACAGUCAAAUCUCUAGUGUACAAUGUGCAAGGAAGUCAGCAAAUAACAGGAAGGGCCCCAUAGACAUCUUGCUUUCAUUUUGAAGUGUUCUUCCACAAAAUAUAGCAUUACUUCACUGCUAUGUAUGUUAUAUAUCAAACAGACACUGCAUAAAUGGUAGACAUCUACAUUGAUACAUUUCAAGUUGCAAAUGUGUUGACUUAAUAAAUUGUGCCUUUUGUUUGUGAAA